GGCGGGCUCUUCCUGUUUCAUGGCGCCACAGUGUACACUCUCUGUGUAUUGCGGGUCCCCAGCUGACUAGAGCACCUUCUUCUGUAACUUCUACUGGCUUCAGGCUGCAUUUGAAGGAUCCUGGGAGACCCUCACUCGCGCAAUGAUGUUUGAGCUGUAUCAUCAGGUUGUUUAUUUGUGUUCGUUCUGUUUUCCUGAUAUGGGAACUCAGUGCACUAAAUUUCCCUCUGAGGACUGCUUACUUGCACCCACAGAUUCUGGAAACAGUGGCCUUUGAGGAUGUGGCUGUGAACUUUAGCAUGGAGGAGUGGGCUUUGCUGAAUUCAUCCCAAAAGAAGCUCUACAGAGAUGUGAUGUGGGAAACAUUUAUGAAUGUAACUGCUAUAGGAAGAACCCGGGAGAACCAGAAAAUUGAAGAAAAGUCCACAAAUUUCUCAAGAAAUCUAAGAUGUGAAGAAGUAGGGCAAUGCUAUCAGUAUGAAACUUGGAAUCAGCAAGAAGAAAUAGUCCUUUGGACUCCAGAUGCCAAUGUGAACAUGCAGCAAGCUGCUUUCAAACCAGCGGAGAGCCUUUCUGGUAGAAAGCCCCAGAUUGAUCAUUUGUCACUGACUGUGCCCAUCAGAGCUCACACUGGACUGAAACCAUAUGAGUAUUUGGGAUUUGGAGAGAAGCUGUAUCAGUAUGGUGAAAAUGGAAAAGACAGUGAUUUCCAGUCCUUUCAGAAGCAUUCAAAGGGGAAAACUGGAGAGAAACAAUAUCAAUAUGAACAACACGGGAGAACAUACUCUGAUAUUAGUGAAAGGACUCACCCUGCAGAGAAGACCUUUGUAGAUAAGAAGAGUCUGAAAUCUUCCAGUGCACCCAGUGGUACGCGAAUCCAUGAUGGAAACUACAGUGAGGGUAAUCUACAUGUAGGCAAACAAUGUGGAAAAGCUUUUAUUUCUUCAUACUAUAUUGAAGUACCUAAAAGCAGAUAUGAUGGACAGCAAUCUUACAUAUCUAAGGAACAUACAAAAGCAUUAGCUCAUCAGUUUUCCUUUCAUAGUCAUAAAACAGGUAACACUGUGGAGAAGCCCUAUGUAUGUAAUCAAUGUGGAAAAGCAUUCACUACACAGAGGUAUUGUAAAAUACAUGAAAGAAAUCACACAGGUGAGAAACCUUAUGUAUGCAAGCAAUGUGGGAAAGCAUUCUCUACGCAAAGUUAUUGUAAAAUACAUGGAAGAAUUCACACUGGUGAGAAACCUUAUGUAUGUAAGCAAUGUGGGAAAUCAUUCACUACACAAAGUAGCUAUAAACUGCAUGAAAGAAUUCACACUGGGGAGAAACCCUAUGUAUGUAAGCAAUGUGGGAAAGCCUUUACCACACACACUUAUUACAGAGUACAUGAAAGAAGUCACACUGGGGAGAAACCUUAUGUAUGUAAGCAAUGUGGGAAAGCUUUCAGUACACACAGUUAUUGUAAAAUACAUGAAAGAAGUCACACUGGGGAGAAACCUUAUGUAUGUAAGCAAUGUGGGAAAGCUUUCAGUACACACAGUUAUUGUAAAAUACAUGAAAGUACUCACACAGGUGAGAAACCCUACAAAUGUAAGCUAUGUGGAAAAGGAUUCACCACUAGGUUCUCUUUGUAUAGUCAUAAAAGAAGUCAUAUUGGUAAGAAAUCCUAUGUAUGUAAGCAAUGUGAUAAAGGAUUUUCUAAUCGGUCUUCAUUUUGUAGACACAAACUGACUCAUACUGGGGAGAAACCCUAUGCAUGUAGUGAAUGUGGGAAAGCAUUCAGUACACGUAGUUAUUAUAAAGUACAUGAAAGAAUUCACACAGGGGUGAAACCUUACAUGUGCAAACAAUGUGGGAAAGCAUUUACUACAUAUAAAGAGUGUAGAAUUCAUGAAAGACGUCACACUGGGGAGAAACCUUAUGUGUGCAGGCAAUGUGGGAAAGCCUUCACUACCCAGAAAUACUGUCAGAUACAUGAAAAAACUCACACAGGUGAAAAACCCUAUGUAUGUAAGCAGUGUGGAAAAGGAUUGGCCACUAAGUCCUCAUUUCAUAGACACAGAAGAAUCCACACUGGUGAGAAACCCUAUGUAUGUAAACAAUGUGGGAAAGCAUUCACUUCACACGGUUCUUACAAGCUACAUGAAAGAAAUCACACAGGAGAGAAACCCUAUGCAUGUAAGCAAUGUGGGAAAGCAUUCACUACACACAGUUAUUAUAAAAUACAUGAAAGAAGUCACACUGGGGAGAAACCUUAUGUAUGUAAGCAGUGCGGGAAAGCCUUCAGUACACACAGUUAUUGUAAAAUACAUGAAAGAAUUCAUACUGGUGAGAAACCGUAUGUAUGUAAGCAAUGUGGGAAAGCUUUCACUACACACAGUCAUUAUAAAAUGCAUGAAAGAAGUCACACUGAGAAGAAACGUUAUGAAUGUAAGCAGUGUGGAAAAACUUUCAGUACACACAGUUAUUGUAAAAUACAUGAAAGAAUUCAUACUGGGGAGAAAUCCUAUGUUUGUAAGCAAUGUGGGAAAACGUUUACCACACAUACUUAUUGUAAAGUACAUGAAAGAAAUCACACUGGGGAGAAACCCUAUGUAUGUGGGCAGUGUGGGAAACGAUUUGCUUCAAGCUCUCCAUUUUGGAAGCAUAAAAGAAGUCACGCCGUACACACUAUGUAUGUAAGAAAUUUGGGAAAAUAUGUAGUUGACAAAGUAUCAGAUACAUGAAUGAAAUUAAACUGGGGAGAAACCAAAAAAUGUUCCUGAAAAUAUAUUCCCAGAUGGGAGCGUAUUUUGUGUUUUUUAGUAAAUCACUUGUAACUGAACUAUGUGUCAGUAGUCUUUGCUAUAAAAAACUGAGUUGACAUAAUAAUGUAUUUUUGUAAAUGAGUGUCUUUGAGGUUAACAUAGAGGGUCUUUUAAUUAAAUAAGGGGAAUGAAAACACACUUCAUGUUCAAGUGUGGAGUUUGUUUUUAUAUACUCUUCACAAUUGGAAAUAAAAAAAUUUUGUUCAUCUGUUGCGAUUUCCUACUAGCUUUGGUUUAAAUUGUUGGUGCACACAUUUUAUAUUUUCUGUAACAAAAACAUGUAAUAAUGUAUAUAUAUAUUUAUAUCUGUAUAUAUACAUAGAUUUGUGAACAUGUGUUUCUGAUAAAGUUCAGUUGUUUUCAUAUAACUAGUAGAGAAGCAAAACAUAGCUGCAUUAUCCCAACAUAAUUGUAUAUUAUAUCAAGUACUUAAUUUUGACUAUAUACCAUUGAUGUUUAAGGCAAUAUUACCACUUACCUAAAUUGUUAUGUUUUCUCUUUCUUGAUUGUAUUGUGAUGACUUUAAAUUUUGUGGCAAUUUUCCACUACUUGAACCAAAACAUAAACCAUACUGCUGUGAAAUUCUUAUUGCCACAAAUCAAGAUCACAACUUGUCUCUAAAAGGAUAUUAUAAAUUGUAGUAAUAGAUCUUCAAAAAGCAUAAUAGUGAUAUGAUUUACCAGUAACAAUAUUUUGAAAGGAAUUUUGUUGGCAGUAGAGUUGUUUGAGCGGGAAAAUGAUUGUUAUUGGAUGUAAUGAGGCAAAUUCAUUUAUUCCCUGAUAUCAUGAGUGCCAUUGUUUUAGUUAAUCAGUAUUGCUUUUAUCUAAGAAGGUGAAAUGAAGGAAAAUAAACAUUCCGUUUAGUAAAAAGGGGAAGUUUACUAAUA